CUUCUUUGCGAGGGAACAUCCAACUUGAUAGUGGUGGCUGAUUUGGAAGAUUAAAGCGCGCAUACGAUCACACACACACACCAAAUUAAGAACGAGAGAGAGGCGGUUUCACAUUUUGUUUGCGGUGAGAAGCGUCUCUUCGGAACUAGGGUAGUGAGAAGUUGCAUGGGAAGUUAGCUGUGGUUGGAAUAGCAAAAGAGUAUUGUUUGCAUUGAGACUUUUUGGCGACUUGUCAAGAUUGAGAUCAAAACAUUUUGUGGAGGAAGCUAAGUUCAACACGUAGAGGGCUCAAAGUUUUGUAGCUGUUUUCCGUAUGCGAAUUGUAGAAUUUUAGUUGUAGUAGGCAAUAAGUGCCAAUUAGGGGUCAAAAGCUUUGUAAUCUUAGAAAUUGUAAUGGGUUUGAUGGAUAAUGGGGCUGCACAACUUGAGUCUAACAUGUGUGAACAGUCGAAUUCUCCCAAAGAUCAAAAAUCUGAUCCACCAUACGACAGUCGAAUGGAUCAAGAGAGAUGUGUCAGCGAACAAAUGGAGCAAAAAGAGACUAAUGAAGCUCAACAUAUUGAAAAGAUAUUAGUUUCAGCGCAAGAAAAAUCACAUGAGACUCGAGAAAUAGGACUAGCUAAUGGAGAGAUUCCCCAUAAUGAGUAUACAAAUGACCAAGAACCAACAUUGGAAAAUGUGAGGAUAAAUUUAGAUUCUAAAUAUUUGGAGGUUGCAUCCCAAAAUGUGCUCAGUUGUCUAGAAGAUAUAGGUAUUCCUCCUGGAACAACUUCCAUUAAUCCUGGCUGUGGAGCGCAAGUACUGCUGAACAUAGAAGCUACUAAUGAUUCUGUUCUACUGGAAAAUGGUGAUAGAGGGUCUCUCCAGGACCAUCCUGGCUGUGGAAAGGUAGUACCGCUGAAGGUGGAAGUUACUAAUGAUAAUGAUUCUGUUGUCCUGGAAAAUGAUGGUACGGUGUCUUCCAGGCAGCGAAUAAAGAGAAAAGCUAAAUUAGAAGGCCCAUCAAGUACCUCGUGGCUUUUGCGUUCAAGAUCGCAAGAAAAACUAAAGGCUCCUGAGCCUGUUGCUGUUGAGACUGUCAACGAAGGCAGUGCUAAUGUAGAAAAGAAAAAGAGGGGAAGAAAGCCAAAAAAUAUGCAGAAAACUACUGUCAGUGAGUUCUCUAGGAAAAAAAACCAUCUAAGAUACUUGUUGCACAGGAUAAACUAUGAGAAAAACUUAAUUGAUGCUUAUUCUGCUGAAGGCUGGAGAGGGCAAAGCUUGGACAAAUUAAAGCCGGAGAAGGAGCUCGAGAAGGCAAAAUCCCGUAUUUUGAAUUACAAAUUGAAGAUAAGAGCCUUGUUUCAGAGCCUUGAUCAGUCGCUCACUGUGGGAAAGCUUCCGGAAUCUCUAUUUGAUGCAAAAGGAGAGAUCGACAGUGAAGAUAUUUUCUGUGCAAAAUGUGGCUCUAAGGAUCUGACUCUUGAGAAUGAUAUCAUUCUUUGUGAUGGUGCCUGCGAACGAGGAUUCCAUCAGUUCUGCCUGGAACCACCUCUCUUAAAAACAGACAUUCCUCCAGGUGACGAAAGCUGGCUUUGCCCUGGAUGUGAUUGCAAAGCUGAUUGCAUUGACGUGCUUAAGGACUUCCAAGAAACCAAAAUUUCUAUUAUUGACAGUUGGGAGAAGAUAUUUCCUGAAGCUGCUGCUGCUGCAUCAGGAAAGAAAAUGGAUGACGGUUUUGGGUCAUCAUCAGAUGAUUCUGAGGAUGAAGAAUAUGAUCCUGAUAAGCCUGAUAGUUCGGAGCAGGUUGAAGGAAAUAAGUCAAGUCCAGAUGAAUCUAGCUACUUUUCUGCCUCUGAUGAUUUGGAUGCUUCUGAUAAUAAUGAAAAGUAUCUGGGGCUUCCUUCUGAUGAUUCAGAAGAUGAUGAUUUCAAUCCCUCUGCUCCAAAUAAAGAUAAUCAGGUGAAGCAGGAUAGUUCAAGUUCUGAUUUUACCUCUGAUUCAGAGGAUCUUAGAGCUCUGAUUGAAGAUGAUGAGACCGCUACUAGUGAAGAUCACAGGAAAACUUCGGCAUCAGCACAUCACAAACAAAAGUCCCAAGGCUUUGGUGAAGAAAUUUCCAUUGUGGGUAGGAAAAAGAGGCAAUCACUAAAAGAUGAGCUAUCGUACCUUACAGAGGCUAGUGCAGAACCUUUAUCCAGAAAAAGACAUGUAGAAAGGCUGGACUACAAAAAAUUAAAUGAUUGUUUUGGCCAGAUAUAUGUUAUUUCCUCUUUCAUGAGGCUGGAUGUUUAGACAAUCUUCAGAAAAAAAUAGGACAGGUAAAUCCAGUAAGUGUUGCGGAGCAUAUUCUCCUGGACAGUUUUAAGAAUCUUAGUGUGAGACUGCUAUUCGUAACUUCACCAAGGAAUAUGCUACUUCUUUUAGCUUCUGCUUUCAGUACCUGCACCAACUAUUGAUUUUGGUUAUCUAGUAUAUUAUUUUGGAGAAUCUACUUCAGUAUCACUGUCUUUAACUUCUGAGUAUCAACACCGGUUAAAUGGUAAUGUCGGUAGAUAUUUUAUAUGCAUAUUCCAUAUUAGCUAUGGGAAAGCCCAGUAUCUUGGUUGUAUUCAUCAAGAGGGAAAAUUAAGUAACAUCUUGCUACAUGAGGUUUAAGGAUAUACACUACUGACUAUAUUUCUCAAGAUAAUGGAGAAAGUUGGAAUGUCAAGAAGAUCUUCUUAAUUUACCAUUUAUCAAUUUCUCAAUCUCAACUCAAUGCACCCAUUAUUUACACCUUUCUUGCUUUUUCUUAAGUCAGAGAAGCAUAUUUUAAAUGUUUCCUUUCUCGUAAGUUGGAAUUGGUAACCGUCAGUGGGAGAACAUAGCACAUAACCUAGUUAUCCUGUAUUUUCUUGAUUUUUCACAUAUAUUGAGGCUUGUUGGUAUGUUGAAAGCUAAGAAGUUUUUUUGACUUAGGUCUAGGCAGGUGGAGAAUGUUAAAAUGUCUGGUAAUAAGCCUCAAGUCUUUCUUUUUUUGUUAGUUGUAAUGUUGGAGGAGAAGGCUGUGCUUGAUUAAUAGUUAUAUCAUGGUGAAGAUGGAAAAAAUAGAUGCUGUCAUAUAAUCAAGUAAACAACAUGGAUAAAUUGGAAGAUGGAAGUGAAGGAGGUUUAAAUGGACAAAAAUAAAAUGAAUCCUUCCUAAAUGGGGGAAGCCCAUAUCCAACCCCGCUCUUCACCAUGAAAGACUGCAGCAAAUAUUUUCAGAUUUUUAAGCAUGCGCAUAAUGAAUUGCUAAAAGGAGAACACUGGUUGAUGCUAGAGGCGGGUUAUUUGGUUAUUGUUUUAGGUGAUUCUCUGUGGGUCAAACAAUAAUUCACUAUUACAAUCUAGCUGGAUGAGGCUAUAUCUAAUCUGAUUUGGUUUGAUAAAACUCGUAGAAAAUACAUAAUGUUCUUCCAUUCCCCUGAUAUGGAAGAAGUGUUAGCUAUUGCCUAUAUGCGAAAAUCCUCUUUUCCCCUUACAAUUCUUUUCCUAAAUCUCUUCUUUUUCUGACGCGCUUCGUUAUUAGAUACUUCCUUUGGCCCCAUAGAAAUGAAACGUUUUCCUUUUUGGGUUGUCCCAUUAAAAAUGAACGUUACCUUAGCAGAUUAAAAUUUUUGUCCUGCUCUUGCGUGGACUUUUGUAGUGAUAAAGUAGUUUGUUUUUCAUCAUGAAAAAUAGAUGGACCAAAGAGACCUUGCUUGUGAAUUUGACUCACUAAAACACAUGAUAUGCAUAUUAUGCAAUGACACUUUUGUAUGUGGAAAUAUCUUGAAUGUGAAUGCUAAGUGCUAUUUUACAUUAGUACCAAGUCCAAAUCAUUACAGGUUAACUGGUAAGUUGAAGUUGAUUGUGGAUAAUUUUUGCAGGGAAGUAGAUUUCUCAUAUCAGCCAGAGAAAUUUCUUGGCAUUACGUGAUCUUAAUCAGCUUCAUAUUAACUAAACAAUUUUUUCUUUAGAAUGGGAUUUUGUUUAAUGAUUCUCAUUUUGAAUUGUAUGGUAUUCUAAUUUUAUUAACUCUCUGACAUUCUUUCUCUAUUUCCUUGCUACCUGCUGCGGCAAAUGAUGAUUUGAUU